GUAAAAUGGCCAGAAAGAAAAAAGACUGGGUGCCCAAACAAGGAAAAUGGGACAGGAAAUCAUUAAGUAAAGCUGUUCAGUGUGUUAAAACGGGGGAAAUGACCAAGUUUAAAGCUUCUAAGAUAUUUGGCAUUCCAAGAACAACCCUGUCGAGGAGACUUUCAACAAUGGAUUUGGAGUCUCCAGCAUCAAAACCAACCACUCUGUCUAAAGAGGAAGAAAACUCUCUUGUUAGUCACAUUUUGGAGAUGGAGGAACGCGGGUUUGGUUUGACAAUAUCAGAUGUAUGUAAGCUUGCAUAUUCAAUUAUUGCACACCCAGGAAGAAAAAAUCCAUUUAAUGCAGACAAGAAAAUGGCAGGAUAUGACUGGUGGCAGGGAUUUCGAGACCGGCACCCAUGCUUAUCUCUCCGUAAACCUGAAGGUCUAAGUGCUGCUCGUGGUACUAUGCUUAAUCCAAAUGUAAUUUCAGACCAUUUUACCAAGCUAGGAGAUCUUAUGGAUAGACUCAAUAUAAAGUCAAAACCCCAGCAAAUAUUUAAUGCAGAUGAAACAGGAUUUAGUACAGUUCAUCAAACAUCAAAAAUUGUGGGGAGGAAGGGGAAGAAAGCCAUUCAUGCGAAAACAAGUGGUGAAAGGGGUGAAAACAUUACAGUUUUGUGUUGUGUAAAUGCUGAGGCCCAUGCUUUGCCACCUAUGGUGAUUUUCAAAGGAAAAAGAAUCAGUCAAGCUUUAAUGAGCAGUGCCCCAAGGAACACACUGUUUGCAUGCAGUAAAAGCUCAUUUAUUGAUGGAGAAUUGUUUGGAAUAUGGUUUGAAAAGAUUUUUUUGUCCAACCUCUCACCUCAAAGACCAGUGUUGCUGAUAGUAGAUGCCCAUGCCUCUCAUAUUACACUUCAUCUUCUGGAAGCAGCGAAGACAAAUGACGUUGAAAUAUUCUGCUUGCCGCCUCACACAACGCAUUGGACACAGCCACUGGACAGAAGUGUUUUUGGGCCCUUAAAGAAGGCAUACUACAAGCAUUGUGAAUCAUUUUUGAAAUCAAAUCCUGGCAGACAAAUAUCCAGAUAUGACUUUUGCGGAAUUUUCUCUCAUGCAUAUACUAGUAAUGAGAAAAUAAAUAUGGUAAAUAUCUUUGGAGGUUUUAGAGCUACAGUUGUCAAAGAACCAGCUCAAAGAAAAACUAAGAAAGUUCUUGGUGCAAGAUGUGUAACAGAGAAUGAAUUCAUCAAUGAAAUCAGACAAAAGGAGGAAAAAAGAGAAAAAGACCAGAUGGAAAAAGAAAUAAGAAAAAAAGAGCGUGAAGAAAAGAAACAAAAGAAAGAGAUGGAAAAAUUGAAGAAACAGCUUAUUAAGCCUACAAGUAAAUCAAAGAAGACUACAUCAAAGUCAAAGGAAAAUAUCCCUUCUCACACUGACACCAUUAAUUGCUGCUCCUACUGUGGGGGGUACUAUUAUGAUGAAGAUUCAGAUGAUGAGGACUGGGUUAAAUGUACUAGUUGUGAUGAUUGGUACCACGAAUCUUGCACUGGAAAAUAUGGACGCCAGCUAAAAAAUUUUGUAUGUGACAAACAUCGAUAAUUUUUUUGAUUUGGUUUUCCACUUUCUUGUGUGUUGGAGAAUGUUUACUUGUGUGAAAUACCUUAU